GCGUUUAAAUGAGGUUUCUACGAUUUUUGGUUCUCGAGAUCAUCGUGUCAGAAAACGACGAAAAUGAUGCGUACGAUCUCAAGUAAAAAAGAAAUAAAAAAAAAAACUCGCGACGGAUAACAUAAAUGCUUCUGCUUCGCAUCGCAUUAAAAAAACUCGCGACGCAUAACAGAAAUGCUUCCUGCUUCGCAUCGCAUUAAAAAAAUAAAAAAAGCUCGCGACGGACUACAUAAAUGCUUCUGCUUCGCAUCGCAUUAAAAAAGAACGAAAGAAAAAUAACCAUAAAUGAUACAAUCCCUCUUCGACGCGCUCACAUGUGAACGUAAUGUUAAAUGAACCAUACGAUAUCGAACUAGUAUAAUAUAAUCUACAAAUUAAUGAAAAAGCUGGUUGCAUCAAUGAAAAAAAGAGUAUAUCAGGUUCACACUCUGAAGUGGUGUUACACUCUCAUCAUUGUCCUUACAUUAACGCUAUUUAUCAUUUAUUUUCUAAUUAUUAAAUGUACAUCAUAUACUAAUCAACCAUCACUUGAUUGUAAAAGUUUGUGUCCUUACAAAAGUAACCAAACACGUACUCAUCUCGUGUUUGAUUCAAAGCACUUUAUUCAACAUUAUCCUGAGUUUAUUUGUCAAUCAAAUUUUCGUAAUCUAGCCGAUUGGGUUUACGGUUGGCCUAAUCAGUUUCAAGAAUAUGUGGAAGUAACAACUACCAAUGGACAACGUAUCGCUCCAUGCUUACCUCAUGGCAGCAUAAUCUAUGUUAGUAUUUGGUCUAUUGGCGUCUUUUUUAAUCUAGUUUAUCCACACUUAAUCAAUGAUUUCGUUUUAAUUACUGGCGAAGGUGAUCCAUCCUCACCAGAUAUGGGUCAUUUAGAGCGAGCUGAUUCCAAAAUUAUUCAUUGGUUCGGUCAAAAUGGAAUGAUUUCAUCUUCAAAAAGCAAGAAAUUUACACAUAUUCCCAUUGGAAUUCAAUGCUAUGAAAUGGUUGUAGCAAUUAAAAAUGUUUAUAAACAACAAAAUAAUCGUUUAUUGCCACAAAUCUAUGGUGAUACUGACGAACCAUUGAACUAUAUUCUGCCGAUUGAUAUGACUAGUCGAGCACUGAUUCAGAAGCAAAAUCUUAAUAGGGAAAAUUAUUUGUUAAUAAAUUUUAAUCUCGAUACUGAUGGAACAGGACUUCGUCGACAUAUUUGGAUAAAUAUGUGUUCAAAGAAGCAUCGAAUUCCAUUUGUAAAAUGUCUACAAAAGACACCUGGUGUUCAAACGAAAGAACUGUCGAAUAUAUAUUCACGAAAUCGCCAAUAUUUAUUUUGGUUAUCGCCCCGUGGAAAUGGAAUCGAUUGCCACCGUACAUGGGAAGCGUUGUAUCUUGAUGCAAUACCGAUAGUUUGGAAUUCGUCAUUGAAUAGUCUUUAUGAACAUUUGCCUGUUGUGAUUAUUCACAAUCAUACAGAAAUCACUGAAAAUUUUUUACAAGAAAAAUUACACGAAAUAUCAAUGAAGAAAAAUAAUCAACUGUCACAGAUCUAUCGAUUUGAAAAAUUAAGAAUGGCAUAUUGGCGUCGGUUGAUUUUAAACAAAUCAAGACAUUCAUUGAUGAAUAGCCAUAUACGAACAAAUCGAUGUUGGCAAGCUAGAACGGGAACUGAUUCCUUCCUAUCUUCACUGUUUUCAUAG